AGUGCUCAGGGAACUGCUUUGAAGGCUGUCAGUGUGAUGAGGACUAUGUGUUUGAUGGAUCUCAGUGUGUAACCAUGAAGCAAUGUGGCUGCACUUAUGGUGGAGCCUACCUCAAGAUUGGUGAGCACAUUUACUCUAAGAGCUGCACAAAAAAAUGCACCUGCCGGUCAGCAGGGCAGCUCCAGUGUGAAGAAAGCAGCUGCCAGCUUGGAGAGACGUGUGCCCUUCGGGAAGGCCUGCGUGGCUGCGUGACGCUGGAAGCUCAAUGCAAGCUCACUGCCCAAGCACGGAUCACUUCUUUUGAUGGUGCCUCCGGGAGAUAUUCCUGCAGUGGAGUCUACGAAAUCGCUUCUCUUUGUGACCAGAACUCUGCCUCCUGGUUCAGGCUGCUAGCGAGCAUUGAAAAGGAGUAUACAAAGGAGAUGAUGGUUGGAAAAUCUAUCUUCUUUUACUUUCAAGGUGGAUUCAUCCAGAUUAUAAACCGAGAAAGGUUUUGGGUAAAUGGUCAGAAAGUAACGCUGCCAUAUGAGAACAGCCCUGUGUCCAUGAGGAAAAUUCAAGAUAAAAUUAUUAUUGACCAUGAUUCUCAAGUGCAAGUUUAUCUCCAUCCUGACGGGAUGGUGACAAUGGCAGCCAAGGAGACCCUCAGAGGGAAGCUAUGUGCCACCUGUGGAAACUUCAACAGAGACCAUUUAGAUGACUUGAAGUUGGCCAGUGGAGAGGGAACAAAUAAUUUUGAUGAAGUACUCAAGUCCUGGGAGGCGGAAGAUUUCCUUUAAAUUGCUUCUAGAUUGUUCCAUCUGUGCUUGCGAUCUGAUGUAACAGCUAAGCACAAGGGAAACAUAACAUUUUGUGUAGCAUAUGCUCAAAUACUUGUUUAGAAGAAACAGAAUUCUGGAUCUCCCAGAGUCUCAGCUUUUCUUUGAAGGUCAUCUCUGAACAUCCUUCAAAAGUGUCAUUUCAAUAUCUCUAAACUCAUGAAUCAGACUUUCAAUAGAACAGACAACUUGAUUAAUUUCUGCAUUUUGGAGGAACUAAUGUUAGCCUCACUAGGUAGAUCAGACCAGGAAAUCACAGGAAAGCUGAAACCACUAUUAUUGAGAUGAGCUAUAACAGUACAAUCUUGCAAAUCUAACUCUGCUGUAUGUCCUCCCACUUCUUAUACUUCAAGGAAUUAGAGAAGUAUCUGCCUGAAACACUUCAGAAUGUAAUCUUUCUUCUCAGGACUUCAUCUCCUUUUGCCUAGGUUA